UUCGCACAGCUUUUGUCGUUGACGUUGAUGUCUUUUUAGUCUCUGAGGGCUCUGCUUAGUCAGCCAAGCCACCCUCGAGGAUGAAAAAACCAUCCAACCUCGCCGGCUUUCUCUGCUUCUUACACCACCUCGCACACGCACAAGAGCGCUGCCUUGCAGCUUCAAGAUAUCGCGAAUAACAACCUGAGCUAACGAGACUUACGCAGCGUAUCUAGCAGUCGGCUGCAGUCUGGGGUUUUACGACUUUUCAGCCUCCUUUCGGUUGCUACUCGAGGAACCAUGACUGAGCCAGAGGACCUCGAAGAGGAUCUCUUCGCUGACCUGUAAGCUGCUCUCCCUUGCAUUAUUGCUGUUUUGGAUUCCCCGUUACUACUUGCUUGAGCUUGCAUGUGGUAGGUAUUCUGCGUUUCUGACCCGCUGGAUAGGUAUGAUGCCGAUGAGACCCCGGCAACAUCUGCGCCUCCCGCCACGGCACAAACACCGUCCCAGCCUCCUCCUACUAUCAAGGCAGAGGUAGCAGAUACGUCCAGUUCUACACAGCCUGCCGCGACUCAGCAGCAGCAGCCUGCUCAAGAGCAGAAAUCAGAGCCACCAUCAACCCAAAAUGGUGCCCAGGGAACACCCACAGCUGCGGACACUAGCAGUGGUGGACAGGCUUCAAAUGAGCCUGAAAGUCAAGGGACAGGUAUAAAAGAAGAUGGUAAAAUGUUUAUUGGUGGAUUGAACUGGGAGACUACAGACCGUAUGUACAAGUCUUCUCUCAAUAGUGAGCUACACAUGCCGUGAUGUGCGUAUCUGACGAUAUAUACUUUUAGAAUCUCUCAAGGAAUAUUUUUCCCAGUUUGGAGAAGUCCACGAAUGUACUGUUAUGCGAGAUGGAGCGUCCGGUCGAUCGAGAGGGUUUGGUUUCCUUACAUUCACUGACCCAAAGACUGUAAAUACGGUUAUGGUCAAGGAGCAUUAUUUGGAUGGUAAAAUUAUUGACCCUAAACGAGCAAUACCUCGAGACGAACAGGAACGGACCAGUAAGAUUUUUGUCGGUGGAGUGAGCCAGGAAGCCACCGAACAAGAGUUCAAGCAAUUUUUUAUGCAAUUUGGCCGCGUUGUAGAUGCGACCCUCAUGAUUGACAAGGAUACUGGACGGCCUCGAGGAUUUGGUUUUGUUACCUUUGAUAGUGAAGCUGCUGUCGAGGCAACUCUCUCAGUCCCUCUGGAGAUUCACGGGAAAGCAAUUGAGGUGAAAAAGGCUCAACCCCGUGGCAACCUCAGAGACGAUGAGGAGAGCCGGCGGUUAGGCAAACGUGGGUUCCGCGAUGAUCGAUUCAAAGACGACCGUGGCAGUGGAUCCGAUUCAGGCCAGCAAAGCAAUACCCAGAACCAAACAAACAUGGCGGGUGGCAUGACACCACAGAUGAUGGCUCAAUAUUGGCAACGGAUGCAACAAUACUUUGCUCUAAUGCAACAGCAAAUGGCUUCUGCUCAGGCUCAAGGCAUGAACUCAGCCAUGGGAGGCAUGAACCCGGCUGUUCUCCAACAAAUGCAGCAGAUGCAACAGAUGCAACAAAUGAAUCAAAUGAAACAACAGCCAGGUGCUCAGCAAGGAGGAAUGCCUCCAGCCUCCCCGACACCCCCCAAUGCACAAGGGAUGCAAGGAAUGAUGAACCCCAUGCAACAACAGAUGCAAAUGCAACAGAUGCAGCAAAUGAACCAAAUGCCAAAUCAGGGCCAAACAGGACCUGGAUUCACAGGUGGCGGUAUGGGUGGCCAGAUGGGAGGAAACGUUGCUGGCGGCCCCGGCCCAACUGGUCCAGCCGGCACCCCUCCAAUGCCUGGAAACUUUGCAAACAACAGGGGAGGUCCAGGAUAUAACGCCCAGGAACAAAUUGCAUUCGAACAACAGAAGUAUGAACAACAGCAAGCUCGACGGGCGGCUGAUCCACGGACAUUCCCAGGAUAUCAGCAAGGCAACCAAUCCUGGGAGGGGAUGUAUGAUGAUACCCCCCAACCUAACCUCCCAACUGGUCCUCAGGGUAUGGGCCGUGCUGGAAGCGCUGGAGGGCCUAUGGGACGGGGUAUGUCUCCCAAUGUUGGGAAUAAGCCUCCGCAGCCAGUUGCAUCGCCUCAACCGCAGAGUGCUCCACCCGCAAAUGCUCCUACCGGCCCCCGAAAUGCUGGAAGGCCAGGUGCUAACUAUCGUGGAGGAGGCCGUGGAGCCCACCGAGGCUUCCAUCCCUAUUCCCGCGGUUGA